AUGGAAUUAAAUUUUUUAACACUUAUAAAACAUGAUGUGAACCACAAUGUGAAACAGUGCUUUAAAUCCAAAAAGAAUUUCAUUAGCAGAAAAGAAGAAGUAAUGGCGAUUAAAAGUAAAUUUCCGACAAAAGUACCGUUAAUCGUAGAAAGAUAUCACAAAGAGCGCAGUUUGCCAACGUUGGACAAAACCAAGUUUUUAGUUCCCGAAGAUAUAACAAUGUCACAAUUCCUAGUUAUUAUACGCAAUAGGAUCAAAAUUAAGCCUAAUCAGGCGCUAUACCUCAUAAUCAACAACCGAUCCAUGCUGAGCAUGAGUCUAACGAUGGCACAGGCGUAUGAGACAUACAGCGAUGAAGACGGUUUUCUCUACAUUACAUACGCUUCCCAAGAAGUUUUUGGAUAUCAGGACGAUAUGACGGGGUCAAACAAAGAGGUUCAAGUCAUUAGAGACAGAUUUCCCAACAAAAUUCCGUUGUACGUGGAAAGAUACGCCAGAGAGAAAGAAGUACCAGUGCUCGGAAGAAACAAAUUCUUAGUGCCACAGGAGCUCACGAUGUCCCAGUUCCUAUACAUCAUCAGGACAAAAAUGAAAUUGAGAGACUCCCAGGCGCUGUACCUAUUAGUCAACGAUAAAGUGCUGGUUAGCCACAGUAUGACCAUGGCGCAGGCUUAUGAACAGUUCCGUGGACCGGAUGGCUUACUGCAUAUCACCUAUGCAGCGCAACAAGUCUUUGGCUGA